UAAGUCUAAAAGAGACAAGUGUGUUUUCUACUGAAGGGACAGCAUGAUUUACAUGAUCAUAUUCCUGCAAGGGCUUCUAUCAGCUGCUGUGGCUUCAUGGUCAGUUUCAUAUGAUCCAAAAGGAAUGUGUGUAUUUGAAGGAUCUUCGGUGGAUUUCAGCUGUUUAUUUGAUUAUCCGGAUUAUCUCAAACUAACAGUAACAAAAUGGUUCAGACCAGGCAAAAAUCAGAAACAGGAUGGAUCACAGCAGGGAAUAACUGUCCAUCACUCAAACAUAGCACUGAUCAGCUGGCCGUAUAAAGGCAGAACAGCAUACGCCAACCAAAACAAAAACUGCUCAUUGCGGUUGCGAAAUGUCUCCAAACGUGACAUCGGAAGAUAUUUCUUUCGCAUUGAAACAAAUGAUUAUUAUGAAAAAUUCACAGGAUCUGGUGGCAUACAGCUGAAAGUUGCAGUUUUACCUCUCAGAGUAAUCGUGAAAACACAAAAGGCGAGUGAACAGAUUGAUGAAGGAGACUCUGUGACACUGACCUGCAGCGCAGAAAACUGUACACCGACAGAAGAGUCGUUUCUCUGGUUUAAAAACCACCUUCUGCUUCCACAAGCCACUGGGAAUGAGCUCAGGAUCUCUUCUGUCUCGCACAGCGAUGCUGGAAACUAUUCAUGCGGCCUGAAGAACACCAACACAACUUUAUCUGCUCAAACAUUACUGGACGUCAGAUAUCAGCCAAAAGAUGUCGAAAUCAGCGUUUCAUCAUCUGAGGAAAUACAAGAAGGAAACCCGCUGACUCUGACCUGCAAGAGCAAAGCCAAUCCUGCAGUGACACACUACAGCUGGUUCAAGAUCACAGACGCAAACAUGUCUUCUGUAGGAUCUGGCAGUGAAUUAACCAUUAGAUCUGCCAGUCUGCAGGAUGCUGGCCUUUACUUCUGCACUGCCACCAAUCACAUCGGCACACAGAAAUCUACUGUCAAAGCACUCAAAGUGGCAAGUGAUCGUCAUUUCUUGCUGAGCGCAUCAGCGGUGUUUUUGUUUGUAAUGGCUAUGCUGUUGGUCCUGUUUGUGCUCUUUGUAAGGAAGAAACUGUUUACGUCACAAAAGCAGACUGCAGAACAGAUGCCUGCAGUCACUGAAGUGAUUUACGAAAACCUGAGAAAAACAGAGUCUGAAACAAACACUUCAACUGUGAUUUAUGCAGAUCUGAAGCUUCCUCCAUCAAACUCAGACAGACCAUGCUGCAACAGUCAAGAGUGCGACUCGGUCAUCUACAGCCUUAUAAUAACAACGACUGAAUAAAUCUCCAUAAUAAAUAAUGAUGAGCUACAACAAAAACAGUAUAGUAUAUAUGUUUCUCUUUUAUUCAAAAAACUCAAUUUGAUGAUGAAUACAUUUACAUAGUUAAAAAAAGAGUCGCACAUUGAGUAUAAAAGGAUUAAAGAAAUAAUAUAUACAAUGUACAGCGAAGAUCCAAAAAAUAAUACAUCUAUGUACAAAUGUAUGCAUGCGUCUGUAUUUACAACCACAUUUCACAUCAUCACUUGACUAAAGAAAAUCAUUCAUGUAUUUAUGAAACAAUAUAUGAUGUUAAACUAUUCAAUAAAAUGCCAAGUAAUAUCAA